ACAUCUUCGGAGUCGACAUAUUGAAACGUCGCUUUGCACGGAUAAUUUCGUGCUAGCCGCUUCAAAAAGUACUGACGAGACAAUGCAGAAAUGAAGGAGGCAUACAGAAAAAGUAUGCAAGGGUCAAUGUGAUCAAAUUAUUCGCUGUCCAAAUUUAUGAAAGCUGUUAGUUCGAUUUCUCGAAGGUAUGUUUCGAUAUAGCGCAGCGUACGGCAUCGAUAUAGUGAUUGAAAUCAAUCUCGCAAACAAGGAGUAACCGAAUAAGAUUAUAGACACAUUGAUCACGUGCUGCGGCCGCGAUCUUGUUCGUUUCCGGUGCCGUUGAUUAAUUUGAACUGACGUUGACAGGAACAAAACAAACAAAUUUACACAAAUGAACGACGCUGGGCAAGAUUAGUCUGGUACAUUGUGAGAAAGACCUAAUUAAUCUACUUAUCCUUCUGGACUCACCAAUCAAUAUACGGUUCAAUGUCGGUACGUUUGUUCCUCGUGUUACCAAUCGGGUGGGUCAUUAGAGGAAACCAAUAAAAACGUGAGGUGCUCUGCAUUGUAAAGUUCGUUUUAUAUGACCUUAUUGUGACUCUUUUAUUGUAGGAAUAUGCAGUUUGACUUCAUUGUGCAUUUGAUUUGCUAUUUCGGGUUUACGACUUUAUAAUAUCUACGUCAAACUUCUCUUUUCGCUGUGCUUGCGUUGAAGUCACAGCAGUUACGAGUUGGUGUGUUUGAUAGCGAUCAUCGCGGAUGAAGUAUCUAAGGCUGUUCAUAUCGUUUUUUAUUCGCACAUUUGAUACGCAGUGCUGCUGUCUCGUUAUAUCAGCAUAUUAUGAAGCAUAUCAGCGAAAAAUAGAGCAGUUCUGUAUAAUAUUCCAUUAUAGUGAGAAAUCACAGAUUUGUUUUGCACUUGUUCGUUUGUAUAUAUAAGCGAGUUUAGUUUCAGAAUAGACAUACUACAACUAUAUCUAGUAACAUCAUAAGUUUGAUUUUCACAGUAGUUGGUUAUUUAUUUAUAUAAUAAAUUGAAAGAAUAUUGAGAUAUAGCAGAAAAAUGCCUUCUGCAAUCACCCACACCAGCGAUGUUAGUUAUUUGGCUUUCGGUGACGUAGCUGAACUAGAUAAACGGUUAAAAGAACUGACUGCAAAGUAUGUUCCUAAACAUCGACGAAUUAGUUCGGAGAAUGGUUAUCAUUACAAAUCGCUUUCAGAAGACAUGAAAGAAAAGUGUUCGAGGGUCAGAAUAAUGCAGGGAGAUGCACGCAGUUCCGAAGUGAUAGAUAAUCGGGUUCAACAGGAUGUAAUCACUGGUAAUUGUACGGACUCACUAGUGCUUAUCAAAGAGUAUCGGAGAAAACUAAAAGAUGGGAUGUCCAGCCGCAGGAAGGUGGAAGAAUUAUCAAAAACAAUUUCAGAUAUAUCAAACAUACAAGAAAAAAUUAAUGAAAUAUCAAAGAAACAUAAAAAAGCACUUCUUUCUCUCGGUGACGCAGAGCUGGCGCGCAGGCUGGAGAAACUCCUCGAAAGACACAAUUUGCCAAAAAGUAUAUCUCUAAAUAAAUAUCAUCCGAUUAAUGAAUCCACACCCCCGAAAGAAACAGAAAACAAUUUUGGCAAGGCACAUUCAGAGAAAAUUUCCUUGAAAUUUGCCGCUUCAAAGUUGCGAAAUAUCAAAUCUGUUGGCUGCUCAUUUACACCUGCAGGUAACAGCCAUAAUUUACAGAGUGAGUCAGAUGAAUGGCUGUCUAAGCAAAGUACACACAUCACUAAACUUCGUAAAAUGUGUUCUACUUCUCUUUGGAGAAAAACUAUUAUUCGACAACACUUCAAAUUUGUCCAACAAUUCAGAAAACGCCGUAGAUCGAGAAGAGUUGAAUGUUCUUUAAUCACUGUUUCAGAUAUUUCAAAUGAGAGUUUUUGAUUUUUAUAUGCUACAAAAAAAUUUAUUUAAAGUUGCAAAACGUC